AUGGUUGGUCUCGGUCCCAGAAAGCCUCCUUCUCGAAAGGGUUCAAUGGCCGAUGUGCCAAAGGACCUGCUCGACCAGAUCAAACGUCUCGAGGAGCUCUUCACUGUUCCCAAGGAAAAGCUCAAGGAGAUUACCGACCACUUCGUGAACGAAUUGGCUAAAGGUCUUACUGUCGAGGGUGGCUCUAUCCCUAUGAACCCUACAUGGUGCAUGGGAUUCCCCGAUGGAUACGAAACUGGCACCUUCCUUGCCCUUGACAUGGGCGGAACCAACCUCCGAGUGUGCGAGAUCAACCUUCCGGAAGAAAAGGGUGAAUUUGAUAUCAUCCAGUCAAAAUACCGGAUGCCCGAGGAGCUCAAGACAGGCAAUGCAGAGGAGCUAUGGGACUACGUGGCCGAUUGUCUCCAGCAGUUUAUCGAGUACCAUCACGAGGGCGAGGAGCUGGAUGAACUUCCCCUUGGCUUCACAUUCUCAUACCCAGCUACGCAAGACUACAUUGACCACGGUGUCCUGCAGCGAUGGACAAAGGGGUUCGAUAUUGAGGGAGUGGAAGGCAAAGACGUCGUUCCUCCGUUCGAAGCUGCGCUGAAAGAGCGGGGUGUUCCUAUCAAGCUCACUGCUCUCGUCAACGACACCACUGGAACGCUAAUUGCCUCUGCAUACACGGACACUGAUAUGAAAAUCGGAUGUAUCUUCGGCACCGGAUGCAACGCUGCGUAUAUGGAGGACUGCGGUUCGAUCCCGAAGCUUGCUCACCUGAACCUCAACCCAAAGCUUCCUAUGGCAAUCAACUGCGAGUGGGGCGCAUUCGACAACGAGCACAAAGUCCUGCCACGCACGCCCUAUGAUAUCAUAAUCGACAAGGAGUCCCCUCGGCCAGGUCAACAAGCCUUCGAAAAGAUGAUCGCCGGACUCUACCUCGGCGAAAUCUUCCGUCUCGUCCUCGUUGACCUACACGGUAACCAAGACGUCAAGAUAUUCGAAGGCCAAGACCUCGGCAAGCUCAAGAAGGCUUACAGCCUAGACGCCUCCUUCCUUUCCUCCAUCGAAGAGGACCCCUUCGAGAACUUGUCCGAAACCCAAGACCUCUUCCAGAACAAACUCGGCAUCACAACCACCAAGCCCGAACUCGAGCUCAUCGCCCACCUCACCAAGCUCAUCGGCACCCGCGCCGCCCGCCUCUCCGCCUGCGGCGUCGCUGCCAUCUGCAAAAAGAAGAACAUCACCUCCUGCCACGUUGGCGCCGACGGCUCUGUCUUCAACAAGUACCCGCACUUCAAGGCCCGUGGCGCACAGGCCCUACGCGAGAUCUUCGACUGGACCACCCGCAAAGACCCCAUCGAGAUCCUGCCUGCCGAGGAUGGAAGCGGUGUCGGUGCGGCACUCAUCUCAGCGCUGACGCUGAAGCGCUGCAAGGAGGGACAGACAGCAGGAAUCAGGGACCCGGAAGCUAUGCUUGCGGCGGCGAAGACCACGACGGUGCACAAAUGA